UAAAUAUAAAUAUAAUAUAAAACACUCGGUACACAAGUUAAAACCGUACACUUUUGAAAUUAACGUUCCGUUGUCGCGCUUACGUUUGUAAACGUAACGACGCAGAAGUGAGAAAUCCCUAGUGCAUCGCCUUGGCCACAUCUGAGCUUGAUCUCAAUGUCAAUUGAAGUUGGAAUUGAACGGCGAUUGGAAACCACAUGUUAUCGGAGCUUUUGCGGCGCGGCGUCCAACGACCACAGCUUCUCCUCAUCCAACAUUUGAGCGAAAAACUACUAUUGUUUGGGACAACCGCAUUAUACUCACAAACACCCAGCAAGAUGACCGACGACAUUGCCGUAGAUGCUGCCAAGAGGACGGCGGCUCGCACUGCCGUUGACCAGUGGGUGACCGAGGAUACCAGAAUCUUGGGCAUCGGCAGCGGUUCCACUGUCGUGCAUGCCAUCCAGCGCAUCGCGGAGCGCAGGUGGAAGGAGGGCGAGCUGGCGGAUCUCAUUUGUGUGCCCUCGUCCUACCAGGCGCACCAUUUAAUCUUGGACUACAACCUCAACCUUGGCGACCUGGACAGAAAUCCCACCAUAGACGUCGCCAUCGAUGGAGCCGAUGAGGUAGACCGGAAAAUGGUGCUGAUCAAGGGCGGCGGCGGCUGUCUGCUCCAAGAGAAGGUGGUGGCCGCCUGCGCCAAACAUUUUAUUGUCGUCGCCGACUACACCAAGAACUCGGCCCGCCUAGGUGAGCAGUGGUGCCGCGGCAUACCCAUCGAGGUGGCCCCGAUGGCUUAUGUGCCCAUCAAGCUGCAGAUCGAAACGCUCUUCGGAGGCGAAGCCUCUCUGCGGAUGGCCAAGGUCAAGGCCGGACCGAUUGUCACCGAUAAUGGCAACUUUCUGAUGGACUGGAGGUUCAUUGCCAAUCGGGAGUAUGACUGGGCUGAGGUCAAUACGGCCAUCACCAUGAUACCCGGCGUCCUGGAGACGGGUCUAUUUGUGAAUAUGGCCCACAAGUGUUACUUUGGCAUGGCCGAUGGCACGGUCAAGGUCCAAAAUAAAUAGGACUGGCUUGAUUUUCAUUAUAUAUCUAUUACGUUUUCCUGAAUAAAGUUAUGUGCGGCCAUUUGCUGCACAAUAUUUUGAAUUUAAAAGAUA